AUGAGAAAACCGCGAUCGGUGAGGGAAGGCAUAGACACAGCCACAGCCACCGAUGCCCACAAUGUCACGUACAGUUUCCUCACACUAGCUCAGUGCCAUCUGGCAGCAAAGAGUCCAUUCCAGGGUUGGGUAUGGUGGAAGGUUGCCGGUGAGGGCAGUGAAAAGGAAAGCGAGUAUUUCCAUGGUGAUUGUGUGUCCACUCUCCCUGGUAUACUGGAGGUUGUAGUUGAGCAUUCCCUUAGUGUCUACUGGAUGGACAACUCCAAGUUAGAAAGCGGGGAAGGGCAAAUAACCCAUAUUGGGCCCAAACUACCACCUUUCAAUGAGGAGAAAGUGACCCUGGAGGUCUACUGGGAUGCUACUAUCCCAGCCAUUGCUAACAGGAUUUCGGAGGAACUCCACCAACACCUCCUUUCAUCUUUGAAAGUCUACCCUCAUGAGCUGAUCCGGCUCAAAGGGAUCACUGUUGUUAGGCCUUCUGUGGACAUAAAGUAUUCAUGUCCUGUGAUAAAUUCUGUUUUUGACGAAGCUGCCUUCUCUGCAGCUGCAGCUGGGGAUGUUGUUCCCGAUUUUUAUGAGGUUGUUAGAAUGGGCGAUACAGACGACUCCAGAGUGGGAAUCGGAGACUUAGCGUGGAGGGACCUUGGCCUCAGCGACUCAAGCGGAGCGCUGUGCCAUUGCUGUUUGUCCAUUGGUCCUUAA